AUACAACUGACCACAACAAUAGCUCCAGCCCUUCCCUUUCCUCCUCCUUCUCCCGACUAUGUUGUGGCUGCAUGCAACUCUUCUACUUUUCCUUCUGACAGUGACAUUCAUCAGUUCUGCUGCAGCCCAGACUGAUUGCUCCAGGAAUUAUGAAGAGCCUUGCCAGUCAUAUCCUGGAGAUAUUCAAGAUGGAGAUGCAGUCUGCACAGCUAUUUCACAAAGUUACAAAAAGAGCUUUAAUCAGUGGCCUGGUAUAAUAGAAGCUGAUCCUGACACUGAUACCUACUAUAAAGCAAAGAAUGAAAAAGGCGGAAAACCUUCACCAGCUACACCUGUAAGUUAUAAGCCUCACAUUCACAGACUGUAUUCAUUUAAUCAUAGGAGAAGUAUCAAUCAUGUUGUCUUUAUUGAUACACCAGUAUCAAGGAGUUGGAUUCAUGCACUAAACACUGCUCCAUUUACUUGUAGUACCACUUUAAAGGACUGUGGAUCAAAUAUUCCAUUGAAGUAUCAAGCUGGUCUUUCUACAGCAAUGUCGCAGGCAAAAGCUACCACUAAAUGAGAGAUUGUCUCAGUGGGGUUUCAUGUCCCGAUAUAAUAAAGGUCGUAAGAGAAAAGACAGCUCAAAGCAAGG